CUUUUCUUCUCUCAUUAUAAAGAAGCCUCUUUUUAGCUGACACGAUAUUAGUGAAGUGAUUGAUCAAGAAACCUCAACAAACAUAGAAUAUGUCGGAGCCAAGUGCUGAUCAUGUGAUUCAUAUUGAUGCAAAGCUUGCUCAAUUGUCUCCUAUACCAUCUGAAUGUUGCAUCUUCAGAGUGCAUGAUCGACUACGAAACGAAAAUCAGAAUGCUUAUGAACCAGAAGUAGUUGCUAUUGGUCCUUAUCACCAUGGUAAGAAAAAACUGCAACCAAUGGAAGAGUAUAAACUACGUAUCUUACGACAACUUCUGGAACAAAGAAAUGAAACCAGUGCGGAAAGAUACAUUGUGGCCAUGCAACAGUUAGAAAAAAGAGCACGCGAUUUUUAUGCAGAACCAAGUAGCCUUGAUUCAAAUGAGUUCGUGGAAAUGAUGCUUCUUGAUAGUUGCUUCAUCCUUGUGUUACUUUGCACGGAAGGGAUGACACAAUUGGGAGGUAUGGAAAAUUUCAUUUUCCAUUUGGGUCAUAUGAAACUUGACUUAGUGCGCGAUUUAAUGUUACUUGAAAAUCAACUACCAUUCUUUGUCCUCAUGAAGUUGUUCAACAUGACCAAAAUUUCAGACUCAAACAUCAUUACUUUGUCCCUUGAAUAUUUCGAUGCGAUAACACCGGGUAAUCUUCCUGAAUUACCUUAUGAAAAUCCAAAGGAAGAUGACAUCAAACAUCUUCUAGGCCUACUGCAUUAUUGUUGGUGCUAUGAAUUUCAUUCAACGCUAUCCCAAAGACUUGUUGUGGUAACAGAUAAAUCGAUGAAGUCGGCAACUGAGCUCCGGGAAGCUGGGAUCCAAUUCAAGAAGGUUAUUAUAAAUAGGAAUUUGUUCGACAUAAGGUUUGUAAAUGGGACCAUGGAAAUCCCAAAUUUAAUCGUUGACGACACUACAGAGUUUGUUUUCAGAAAUUUAAUUGCCUAUGAGCAAUAUCUUCCCCCUUCUUCUAUGAAUUAUUUCACCGCAUAUGCGAAUUUUAUGGAUAACCUUGUGAACACCUCAAACGAUGUCCAAAUACUGAGGGACUAUGGAGUUAUUCGUAACCUUUUAGGUGACAAUGAAGUGGUUUCGACUAUGUUGAACAAGCUUGUCAACAAUGUCUAUGUAUCUUUGAUAUGUUACGAGCAAGUUUAUCACGAUGUGAACAAGCAUUGCAAGGGGAGAUGCAACGUAUGGUUGGCAACCUUAAGACAGGAUUAUUUCAACACUCCAUGGGCACUCAUCUCUUUUUUGGCUGCUGUUGUGUUGCUUUUACUCACUGUGGUACAAACUGUAUGUUCUGUUCUUUCCGUUACGAAAUCUUGAUAGAUAUCUUCGCUUUCAUGUCAUGUAAUUUUGAAGGAUGGGAAUGGGUCCCCUGUGUGAUGGUUUCUUUUCUCAUGAAUAAAAUCUCUUUCUACUGUUUG